AUGGGAAGGUCUCCUUGUUGUGAUGAGAGUGGCCUCAAGAAAGGUCCCUGGACUCCUGAAGAAGAUCAAAAACUUGUCAAAUAUAUCCAGAAACAUGGCCAUGGAAGCUGGAGAGCCCUCCCUAAACUUGCAGGUCUUAACAGAUGUGGAAAGAGUUGCAGAUUAAGAUGGACAAACUACUUGAGGCCUGAUAUCAAAAGAGGAAAGUUUUCACAAGAGGAGGAACAAACAAUUCUAAAUCUCCAUUCCAUCCUCGGGAACAAGUGGUCUGCUAUUGCAACCCACCUUCCCGGAAGGACAGACAACGAAAUCAAGAAUUUCUGGAACACUCAUCUGAAGAAGAAGCUAAUUCAGAUGGGUUUUGAUCCAAUGACUCACCGUCCGCGAACCGAUAUUUUCUCGAGCCUUCCUCAUCUGAUAGCUCUGGCUAACCUGAAAGAGCUGAUGGAGAACCAUUCAUGGGAAGAACAGGCUGUGAGACUACAAACAGAAGCUGCUCAAAUGGCUAAGCUCCAAUAUCUACAGUACCUCCUUCAACCUCCAGCUUCAAUGCCAACUAAUUUCUCCAACAACGUCAUGAACAGUAAUACUAGUACUGUCACAGACAUGGACAGUUACAAUCUUUUGAACUCACUCUCUUCAAUGAAAGACAGCCCCAUUUUAAAUUCACCCCAGUUUGAUCAAAUUUCUCAGAACCCAUCUUCUCUUGGACCUAAUAAUAAUGCUCUUCAAUCAAUCCAUGAUUCCAUCUCUUUCUCUCAUUUGCCAGACCUACAGGUACUCCCUUUUGAAAUUAAUUCACCAAGUACUAAUUCUCUAUGGCAACUUCCUUCAUCUUCAUCUCAAUCUCCUACACCACUUGGUGCCCCACACAUGACCGAGACGUCGAUCACGAAUAAUACAGGGGAUGCUUGUAGUACCUCUAGCUAUGGAGGAUCUCCCCCUUCAUUUUGGCCAGACAUCCUCCUUGAAGACCCUUUGUUUCAUGAGAUUGCUUAGCUAGCCUUAAUUAGAUCAUGUGUUGUGAAAGGUUUGGACUUUGGAGUUUGCCCCACCCCUUUUUUUUUUUUCUUUUCUUCCUAGUAUAUAUAAAUAUAUACUGUUCAUAUAUUCCAUAUACAGUAUUGCGGCACAAUACAUUCAUCAUAUGUAUAAAUAUCUAUAUGUGUUUGUCUGUGUAUUAUACAAAG